UUAUUUACAAUUGAAUUUCGAUCUAAAUUAAUUGCUAUAAAAGUUGACGAUUAUUUACAAAUUGUAUCAUUCGUUUCUUGUAUACAUUUCAGUAAAGAACCAAACUACCAAUUAUCCUAACAUGGCUUUUAAGUUUGUUUUCGCACUUGCUUUUGUAGCGGUAGCCAGCGCCGGUCAUGUUCCAGCUGCUCAAGUUUAUCAUGCUGCUCCAGUUUCUGUACAUUCUGCUCCCGUAGCUGUUGCUCAAAAGGUUGUUGUUAAGUCAGAGGAAUACGAUCCUCAUCCUCAGUACAGAUUCUCUUAUGGUGUUGAUGACAAAUUGACUGGUGAUUCCAAGAGCCAAGUUGAAGAACGUGAUGGUGAUGUAGUCCGUGGUGAAUACUCUUUGAUUGAUGCUGAUGGCUAUAAACGUACUGUUCAAUACACUGCUGAUGCCCACAAUGGAUUCAAUGCUGUCGUUCAUCGUGAACCUCUUGUCAAGACUGUUGCUCCAGUUGCUCAUUAUGCUGCUCCUGCUGUAGUAAAAACUGUUGCUCCUGUAGCUCACUAUGCUGCUCCCGCUGUAGUAAAAACCGUUGCUCCUGUUACCCACUAUUCUGCUCCAGCUGUAGUAAAAACUUUUGCUCCAGUAGCUCACUACUCCGCUCCUACUGUAGUUAAGAGUGUAGCUCCAGUAGCUCAAUACGCAACUCCUGCUUACACACACUAUUCAGCACCAGCUGUAGUUAAAACCUUAGCACCCGUGGCUCACUACUCCGCACCAUCUCAUUAUACAUCUUAUGCUGCCCCAGCUGUUACAUACCAUCACAUGGCGAUUACUUUCAAAUUGUAUCAUUCGUUUCUUGUAUACAUUUCAGUAAAGAACCAAACUACCAAUUAUCUUAACAUGGCUUUUAAGUUUGUUUUCGCACUUGCUUUUGUAGCUGUUGCCAGCGCCGGUUAUGUUCCAGCUGCUCAAGUUUAUCAUGCUGCUCCAGUUUCUGUACAUUCUGCUCCCGUAGCUGUUGCACAAAAGGUUGUUGUUAAGUCAGAGGAAUACGAUCCUCAUCCUCAGUACAGAUUCUCUUAUGGUGUUGAUGACAAAUUGACUGGUGAUUCCAAGAGCCAGGUUGAAGAACGUGAUGGUGAUGUAGUGCGUGGUGAAUACUCUUUGAUUGAUGCUGAUGGCUACAAACGUACUGUUCAAUACACUGCUGAUGCCCACAAUGGUUUUAAUGCUGUCGUACACCGUGAACCUCUUGUCAAGACUGUUGCACCAGUAGCUCAUUAUUCCGCUCCUGCUGUAGUAAAAACUGUUGCUCCUGUAGCCCACUAUGCAGCCCCCACUGUACUCAAAACUGUUGCUCCUGUAGCUCACUACUCCGCUCCUGCCGUAGUCAAGACUGUUGCUCCUGUUGCCCACUACUCCGCUCCAGUCGCCCACUACUCCGCUCCAGUCGCUCACUAUUCCGCUCCUACUCAUUAUACAUCUUAUGCUGCUCCAUCUGUUUCAUACCAUCAUUAAGUUAUUAAAAGUACG